UUGAUAUAACAAAAGUUAACCAUUGCUUGCUGGAGUGAGUUAACCCUUAAAAUCAAUUACUAUUUGUUCAUAUCUCAUUAAUCAAGAAUGACGGUGGAUAAUUACUUCCAACUUACAUUUCAUUUGGUUUCCGAAUAUAUAAACUCAAUAUUCCCAACUGGUUCCAAUUACAGUCUUAAACACACCACCAAUGAAGGGAAAUUAAAACAAUCAGAAUUAUACCACAACGAGGAAAGAAUUCUAAUUUGUAGUUUUACAGAAAUAACCAAAUACCAAUCAUUAGUUAAUCUCAUAAAUGCCGAGGGCAGAUUAGACAAUGCGUUGAUUAACUGGGAAUGGUUUGAUUUGGAUGAAUUAAAGUUUCCUAUAAAGAAAGACAAGAUUCCUCAAGAUUUGAUUGACAAGUUCAAUACCAAGUUUAGAUUACUUAUUGAUGAACAAAAAACAUCAUCUAUUUUCGAAAGACCAAGUCGUGUUGACGAAGGGGGACCUACAAUUGAAGAAGAAACUGAUACUGAAGAAUUGCCCCCUGCACCCCAAGCACCACAAGUUCCAAAGGCUACAACGGGUGAUAUAAGAGUGCCCCCACCCACCACGCGUCCACCAGACAUGCCUGACUUUGAAGAUGAAUAUGAAAUCAAGGACCACAGACAGCCAAUCCAACCAAAUAUUGUCCCUUCUAUAGGAGAUGACGAUUUAAACCCUCCAGGACUUCCACGCCAUCCAGAAUUGAAACCAUUUAUUGAUCCAUUAGCAGCCGGUUCUGCCGGCACCAGUGGGGGAAUGUAUCCCACACCCCACCAUCCCCUUUUUGGACAGCCACAACUGGGUAAUUCAUCCAGGAGAGGUGUUCCUCCAGGGGCCAGAUUUGAUGAUCCUUACGGAGAAGAUAAUUUGGAUGAUUUAGGCAUGGGUUUGCCUGGAAAUUUAAGAGGUCCAGGUAGAGGCGGACCAGGCUCAGGACCUGGAGGGCCUCCUGGGUUUAUGUUUGGUGGUGGUGGUGGCGAUCCCGGGGGACCUCCCUUUCCUUAGAAGAGGAGCUGGUAGAUUGUGAAUACAAGAAUGGAAAAAAUAAUAAGAAAAAAUUUGGGUUCUAUUGGUUCCUCGUAUUUUUUAUAUAGGUUGGUGUGCUUUCUAGUAUAUAGGUAGAAAUAAAUCAAACGAGGAAAUUCU